AUGGGCCAGGCAGCAGUCGUCCACGAUUCCGAGUGGGAGUACGAGUAUGAUGCCAGCGAGACCGAGCACUUCUACUUUACCUUGGACUUGACGACGCAUGUGCCCGACGCAUUAGUGCGAAAGUACGAUACUGCCGCCGAUAGUCACGCGAACAUCGACGCUGCACCCAAGUCAUCGAGUGGAGACGGCCUGCAAAAUGAAGACGUGACUACUACUGCUACUACCACGACGGGAGAGAGCCUCCCCAAUGUAGCUGAAGCAAGGUCAAGACCGAGGACUACGCUGCAGAUCCUCGACUUGCACACCAAGAACCCUCUGGUCAAAUUCGACCAUGCCAUCUACAGCUGUUACUGGAGUACUGAUCUUGGCACGCAGUUCCACAUCUCUCAGGCUGGCCUCACCCCCAACCCACGACGUGCUGGAACUGUUCUGGAUGUGAUUGGCCUCUCUCAGACCAGACUGAUCGGCAAGCCCGUCAAUCUGACACAAAAGGGCUUCCGAGCAGAUGAAGAGGCCAACAGUGCGGCACCAGACGAGCAUGAUACCGUCGAGUCUUCAGGUGGCCAGGUCGAUGUGGAUGCUGAUGCGGAUGCGGAUGCAGCUGCUGCCAUUGAACGUGCCAAACCCGCUGCAAGCUCAUUGAAAUCGGCCACCCAGCAGCCCUUAGUGAUACCACGUGAGCUCUGUAAAAAUCUUGCCGCCGAAACGCAUGCUUCCUUUUUGGAGCGUCUAUCUGAGAUCAAGCUCAAGAAAGGCGAAACCGACCCUGUGCCCAUCUUCAGCAUCAAGUAUCACCGAGAACCCGACAACAAGGAUGAGCUUAAGAAGCGCGCCCAAGCUGCCGAUGCUGCCAAGCAGAAAGACGACGAGGAGGCUGUCAGCGGUGAACGUGCUCGCAAGAGAAGAAAGCGCUUGACCGCUGCCGAAAAGGGUACUCGCCCGACUGAUGCUCCGUCUACAUGCGGCAGGCACGGUCGCGAAGCUAUUGGCGCUCGUGUCGGCUUCGAAGGUCAAGCUCCCGGCGCACUGUGGACGAAGAAGAAACAGACGAGGCGCAAGCCGGCCGAAGCACGUGAAUCCUCCGACGAGCACCUCAGCGACAACCUUGAAAUGGAAGUUGAUGACCCCGAUGCGGACUAUGCUCCCCCUCAAUAGUACUGCCAUGGGCUCACAUACCACGACACAGACUCGGUGCGAUGGCCCCUGUUGCGCUGAGGUUUGCCAGCAACGCAGUACAUCAUCAAGGACGACGUUCUGCUUGUAUGCACCUCACCUGGAUGUGAUUCAUGUAGGUCGGUAGGUACUCUCACUGUACAGCAUCCGUCUCGUAACGGUCGUGCUUUCCGCUCUUUCUUGCGCCACUCCAGGCCACUUGCAUGUUCGCACCUGCCAUCUGAGCAGCGGAAGGUGAGAAAGUGGAAGGCAGGCAGAGCAUGACUCACCUGACACCUGUAAACAUGAAGUGGCAAGCGCUACGAUGUUACCUUCACUUCCACCUUCACUCUGCACAUCCCCACAUACUACACGCACAUAACCCAUCAGUCCAGCAAUACAAUCCAUUCCUCGUUAGGACCCAACACUGUGCCCAGGUGCUUUCCAACCCCAACACCCAAUAUGGCACAAACCGACGACGACGACGCCGUUGUGCAGCGCCUGCCAACAGCUCUCGGCUAUCCCAACGAUGGCUUCCGCAAAAGAAUCACGGCCGUCCUCACCAUGACCCGCAACAGCAUCAUCAACAAAGGCGAUGAUCUCCAACAGUGGAUCGAGGAAAACAUCACCGUCUCCAAUGCCCAAAUGGCCGACCUCUACGCCUCUCUCUUACUCGACGCGUGUGAGAAGGAGUACAAGCAGAUGGUAUUCGUCGAGCUCCCAAAGGUGGGCCUCGAGCUCAAGAACGUUCUCCCGAAUCCUCACAUGGUCAACAAGUUAAAGCGAUAUGGAGAGACGCUGUUCGACUACAAGGCGAGGAUUCGUGAGCUGGCAAUGGAGAUCGCAGUGGUGAGGAAUGGGACGUCCAUUGUGCAGGAAGCUAUCGCGAAGGCGGAGUUCGGGAAGACGCUUCAGGAUGCGAAGAGGAAUGGGCUAUGUUGAUGGUGGAAUGGAGGUCUCUUGAUAUCGAUGGAUCUGAUGACUUUGGAGUACAUGGGGCUGAGGGUCCUGGAGGUAUCGAAGUGGUGAAGUGCAACCAUCCGAGCAGUACUGUACCCUUGUGGGGUCCAGUUUCUCAAAUAUGAAAUGGAGGCGAGCGAGGGUCAAGCUUCCAGAGAACGUUUGUUCUCUGAUGGAUUUCCCAUCUCGUUUCAAGGACACGGCGAAAUGGGCUUCGCCUUUUUGUCUCGCAGGCCAUCGAGCCAAAGAACGGAUAGCUGCAUAUGUAGCUAGCUUUGUCACUUGAUUACGCACAACUGUAAUCUAAAAAAUAACAAAAAG